AUGAACAUUGAACCCAUUGAAAGUCAAAAAAAAUUAGAACUACCUCAAGAAGAUGAUUUCGCUGUUAUAUUUGGCAACUUUGUACCUCUGUGUUUAUUACCUACAUUUAUAAAUAUUGAUCACAUUCCAUUGAUGAGAACAAGUGGAAAAGUUGACAAAGAAUACUUACGUCAGUACUAUUACUCAAAAUAUUAUUAUGAAGUUCCUGAAGUAACAAAAACUAUGCAGUCUAACUGGAGGAAUGAUUCUGUAAAACAGAUCAGAGAUAAUAAUGUUAUAUCUUGUAAUAUAAAUAGACAAACUGAUCCAUUGCUUACAAAAAACCCAAUAGAUGCUCAAAUGAUGAAGAAUCGAGAAAGAGCUAGAAGAGUACUAGCUGAAGUACUUGGAAUUCGUAGUUCAAAUGGUGAAGUUAUACCUGAUAGACCUAGAGAUGAUGAGGAUUUUUAUCAACUCGGAGGUGAUUCUUUACUGAGUGUUCUAGCCACAGAGCAACUAAGACAACUUGGAUUUAAUGCCAAUCUUGAUGUAUUCACUAGAACAGGAAAGAUUGGCUCACUGUUAACAUACCUUCAGAAGAAUGAAUCAGAUUAUAAGAAGACAAAAGAGACUUCAUUAAUGAAUUCAUGGGCAAUGAGUGAUAUUCACUGGAACAAAGUUUUAAGAAGAUCACAAACAUGUAAUGCUAUUUAUCGAAUCCCAUUAGUAGAAGAUGAAUGGAGUACAUCACCUAAAAUCUGUCCAACGGGUAAUUAUGAAAUUUUUAUCGAAGAGUGGAAUGGUCAAACAUGCAGUGAAACAGAAAGACAGGAAAUAGUUGAUAUUUUAGUCAAUUCAUUUAUCGAAAAAGAUCGACUUUCUCAUGCAUUGAAACUAGAUCGAGUAGAUUUAACAGAAGCAAUGGAAACAUUUCUUGACAGUCAUAUAUCUAAUCCAGGAAUAGUAUUAACAGCUAGAUAUUAUUAUCAGAAUUCACAUGGACAAGUUUUUGUACAAGAUAAAUUAGUUGGUGCUUUGAUCAGUUUACCAGCAUCACAUGUUCCAUCACUUAAUCGAACACCUAAACUAGAAUUGAUUCAACAAUAUUUUAAUGAAUGUACUAAAGAGGAGUUAUUUGAUAAUAAUUUACCAGAUAACCUACUUUCAACCUUAGUAGUCGGAAUUACAUCACAUUCUCCAUACAGUAACUCUAAAUAUCUACAAAGUGUACUGCCUAACUGGAAGAAAAUAUCUUUGAAACUGUUAACCAGACUAGAAAUGGAUUUACUUAGAAUUGCUGCUAAACGAGGUUUUGCAGGUGUUCUAACCUUAAAUACAAGUGAAGUGACACAAGAAAUAUGUUCACAAUUAGGCUAUCAAUUGAUUCAAACAACUAUGUUAAAAUCUUUUAUGGAUAAAGAAAAUCGUAUAUUGCCUCCUCAAUAUGAACGUAUACGUUGUUCAUAUAUGUCAAAAGAAUUAAUCUCUUCAAAAAAAUAA